CUCACAGGAGAUCCCUCUGUCGAACACCAGCGUAGACUGGGUUUACAGUUAGAGCCACGACUGCAGGAGCACCCACCCACCCAUCCAUCCGUUAUACAUCAAGGACCGAAAUUCCUCUUAUUUUCCCUCUAAUUUGUUUUCUAAUCCCAGCCAUAGGCACCGUCAAGUCACCAUCAUGUCUGUAGCGGGGCUGAAGAAGCAAUUCCACAAAGCCACUCAGAAAGUGAGUGAGAAAGUGGGAGGAGCAGAGGGAACAAAGCUCGAUGUGGACUUCACUGAAAUGGAAAAGCGGGUGGACACCACCGCUCGGGCAGUGAUGGACAUAAUAACCAAGACCACUGAGUAUCUGCAGCCAAACCCAGCCACACGAGCCAAGAUGAGCAUGAUGAGCUCCAUGUCCCGUAUGCGGGGACAGGAGAAAGGGCCGGGCUACAUCCAGACGGAGACCACACUGGGAGAGACCAUGCAACGAUUUGGCAAGGAGCUUGGAGAGGACUCUAACUUUGGAACUGCUCUCAUUGAUGCUGGGGAAGCCAUGCGUGAGCUGGGAGAGGUCAAAGAUGCUCUGGACAUGGAGGUCAAACAGAACUUCAUCGAUCCGAUGCAGAACCUCCACGAAAAAGAUCUCAAGGAGAUUCAGCAUCACCUGAAGAAGAUGCAGGGUCGUCGUCUGGAUUUUGACUACAAGAAGAAACGCCAGGGCAAAGUGACAGACGACGAGAUCAAACAAGCACUGGAGAAGUUCGAUGACUCCAAGGAGAUCGCCGAGCAGAGCAUGUUCCACCUGUUGGAGAGUGACAUUGAACAGGUGAGCCAGCUCGCUGCGUUGGUCCAUGCUCAGGUCCAGUACCACAGCCGGGCUGCGGAGAUCCUCACACAGCUCUCCAGUAACCUCGACGAACGGAUAAGGGACACCUCCAACAAACCGAGGAAAGAAUUCACUCCUAAACCCCGCACGUCUCUGGACUUUUCCAUCAGUGAGAACCACAAUGGAGGCAUCCACAGUGCUCGUUCUCCAGGGGCGAGGUCUCCAGGUGAGCCAGGUCAAACUUGUCGAGGAUUUUCUUUUUCUGUGUCUAUAUGUUCAUCAUCAUUUUAUUUCCUCAGCAUCUAAACCAUGGUCGUCACAUCUCUCCUCCCUCUCCUCCCUCCCUGCCUCCCUCCCUCCCUCCUCCCUCAUGUUGUUUUCUCUUUGCAGUGAGGUCAAGUAAAUCCUGGAGAGAUAACAACAAUAUUUCCUCCAUCAUUUCAUCUUUUUUUUAUCAUGUUUUUUUUGUUGUUGUUGUUGUUGUAACAGAGUUUCUGUGUUUAACAGACACAAAGAACAGAAACACAAGUGUUGUCCACUCACUGUACACAAACAAUAUUCAGUAAAUCAAUAAACAGUGGACGAGCAUUUGUUUUCUGUCAUCAGUCGUUCAGCCUGUCUUAUCCUCCUGUUUCUCCACCUCUAUUUCAAUUUGUGUUUCUUCUUGCCUUAUUAUUUACGCCACCUUCUUCCAAAUUCAUCAUUUGUCCAUCUAAAAAGGUUAUUACUAAAAUGUUGAGGGAAAUUGCUUAAUAUUGUUUUCUCAUUUUCCCUUUGCAGCAAGAUCUCCAGGUGAGCAAACAUGACUCGGGAAGAGAAGCAAACAUCUCUUCAACACUCUUAUCCAAAAUAGAUGCUUCGGUUUUUUUCUUUUUCUUUUUCUUUUUCUUUUUCUUUUUCUUUUUCUGUUUCUGUCUUUCUUUCUCUUUCUUUCUUUCUUUCUUUCUGUCUGUCUGUCUGUCUGUCUGUCUGUCUGUCUGUCUGUCUUUCAUGUGAGUGAUGUUUUGUCUUUAUUUUGUAUUCACAGUAUAGCUCACCUGCAGUGCUGUGUCUGUCUAAUCGCUGUUUUUCCUCCUUAAAGAAAUGAUUCAUUAUUUUAAUGCUAAAGGAAUAAUUCAUUUGUACUUCUAGGCUUCAUCCAUAUCACUCCAUUUUGUUUUAUAAAACGUAAAUUCUGCUCCUGUUGUCAACACUACCUCGAAGUUUUAGAGCCCGAGUAUAUUAAAAAAACACACAAAAAAACACUGAUGGCCCCAUUUUAGUUAGACAACUAAAUAGAGAAGUUCUUAUCAGCCAUAAUGACGCGACUAUCAGCAGUGAGUCAUCAUCUCAUUGUCAGUCGUCAAAAAACUACUUGUCAUCAUUGUUGUUUCUUGUUAGUUAUACUUUGUGUAACUGCACAUGCACAUGCUUAGUGUCCCUGAAUGGAAACAACUAAGAAAAGUUUCUACUUAUGAAACAGAAAAUGCUCUGUCCAAAGUCACCGUCAUGUUCUUAUUUGUUCUGCCACAGUUUGAUAACGACCUCUCGUCGUGUUUAACUCUGUUGUGUUGGACACGCGAGUGCAGCAGUAUUUACAGCAGUAUUUACAACAGUAUUUGCAGCAGUAUUUGCAGCAGUAUUUACAGCAGUAUUUGCAGCAGUAUUUACAGCAGUAUUUGCAGCAGUAUUUGCAGCAGUAUUUGCAGCAGUAUUUGCAGCAGUAUUUACAGCAGUAUUUGCAGCAGUAUUUACAGCAGUAUUUACAGCAGUAUUUACAACAGUAUUUACAGCAGUAUUUGCAGCAGUAUUUACAGCAGUAUUUACAGCAGUAUUUACAGCAGUAUUUGCAGCAGUAUUUGCAGCAGUAUUUGCAGCAGUAUUUGCCUUGUGUUCAUCUACACAAUCAUGUUCAUCACACUUAGUGAAAUGUUGUUUUGUCACUGAACAAAACAACACACAGUAUAACCUGUAAAUCAGUGAGUUCUUAUGGGUUCUUAUGGCUGUUUCCUUAUGCCCUCUUAUGGGCAUAAGGACUCACUGUCCCCUGCAUGGGACAGUGAGUCCUGUGGAUAAAAAAUGGACGCCAUCUUCCGGUUGCAGAACAGAACUCCUGUUAAGAUUCACGAUUUGACCGUCGCCAUGACAUUUUUUGCAAGCAGAAAUGAACACGUGCAACUAUAGGCACAUAUUGGCCUGAACAGUCACACUGGUGUCCACUCAUGUGAGCCGUGUUUUAGCAUCAUUUACAAAACUGACAAUGAAUGAAAAGUUAAGAUAAAAGUGAGAGGUAGGGUAAUAUCUAGAAGUGAAUACCCUUCUAUUCAAACAUAGUUCUUUUGUUUACCCCCUGGUGACUAACUGCUACUUCCAACCGAGAAGACUGCGUCCAUUUUAUGUCCAGCAAAUGGUCCAGAUUUUUGUAAAAGCAAAGACACGGCUCUUCCCAUCAGGCAUUAAUCUCUUAGAUCUUAACAUCACUUGGCCACCUGACUUCUUUUUCUUUUUUUCUGUCCCUAACUGUAUUGUGCUGAGUCAUUAUGGACUCAUUACUGCCCCCUGAGGACAGAAAACAGUAACUUUUCUUCCCACAACAGUCAGAGGGGGCAAUAAUGAAGUGUCAGAAUAUGUGCUCCAAAUGUUUAAGUAGUUCUUUUUGACACACAGUUCAGUUAUAAUUGCAAAAAAUGACGAUGAUGUCUCUUUUCUCUUUUUCUCUUCCAAUCUGCUUCUUCCUUUCAUUUCUUUUCUUUUCGUUUCUUCCCCCA